AUGUCGACAGAUUCAGGUUCACCCUCCGCUUCCUCAGCGGGCACGGGAAAAAAACGCACACGCAACGCUCAAGCACAAGCCGACCUCCGGGUGCGCCGGAAGAACUACAUUAAGACGCUCGAAGAUACCGUUUCGUCGCUCGAGGCGUGUGUCAGACAAUUGAGGUGUCAGAAUGCCGAGCUCACACGCAGGGCUUCUUCGUGCUCUUCGUCAAUAAAGGACGUCGGUGAUGAUGAAAAGAACACAGAGGCGUGGCACGAGUUGAGGGCCGAGAAUGCCAGGUUGCACGCGAUACUUGCCGAAGCUGGCUUGACCGCGAAUAAGGAUGCCGAUGCGGAACCCUCGACACGCCCGUCGCCGAAGAAAGCCAAAUCAAGCAUCGCGAGACACGGAGCAACGUGGAGCAGCACCUGCUCCAUCACGACCAAGAAACGGAAACUGUCCAAGAUGCAGCUUUUUGCUCAACAGGUUGAUAGCCAGCUCAGCGGUGGAGUUGCCAGUAACACCACCAACACACCAUCCUAUCACCAAGAAGGGCAGCAUCAUCACCAACAGCAGCAGCAAGCUUAUCCGUCACUUACCGACAAGAACGCCUUCUAUCUCCCAGACCACACUACUGGGUUCGAGACAACGGUUGAUACACCCUCGUCGUCACGUUCCUCACGGGGCGACUCGGUGGUUUCGCACCGCUCGCCCAAAACUCCCCGCUUCGAGUCGAUGGUUGGUGCGCUGCCAGAUGAAAAGGCAGACUUGCUUGCGUUCGAUGUAUCGACCUCAGCGGCGCCAGCGGCGGUGGCGAGCUUGGAAGCGGCGUGGUACGACACUCCGGUGGUUCUGGCCCCUGUGUCCACAGCGGCAGCCGGGGUGAAUGCGCAAGUGUACGCUCAGGAGGCAUCGAUGAUUCCGCACCUGCCGGCGCAGACGCAGCAAGUUGAGCCGUGGAUGAUUCGUCCACAGUUGCCUGCGACUACGUCGCCAGCUUCGACGCCUUCCAUGUGGCCACUCUCAUUCCAUCCGAAUGAAUACAGUUCCUCGAUGUUCAACGGUUGGCUGCCCGACGCCGCUGCGAAUGCUCAACAGCAUGGCGUUGUCGAGUGA